AUGAAGUUCCAAAUCCUCAUCCUUGCUUCGAUUUUUCUUUCCGCCUGCGCCAACGGAGCUCUCCGCCAGAUCUACAAUCAACUGACCACUGAACAACGUCAACAAGUGGAGCAAAUCUUCGAACAAAACCGCAACGCCACCAAGGGCCAAUUUAAGUCAGCGUUGAACAAUUUUAUCAGCACUUUGUCAACCGAGCUACAAAGCGAAAUCAGCCAAGCCAACGCGACCUUUCAACAGCGAAUUCAAGAGAAUUCUCAGCGAGUUGCGAACCUAAGCGCGGCCGCUCAAAGUUUGUACAGUCAGAUCACGGCGAUCGGUGAGAACGAUAAUCUCACGUUCCAAGAAAGCCGUCAGCAGAUCGAGCAGCUCUUACAAAGCGCUGAUCCAUCCGUCAUUCAGGAGUUCGAGAGCAAUAGAGUGUUCUUGCCGGGAGUCCAUCCAUCCCACUCAUGCAGUGGCCAGAAUAUGGGAGUUACUGGCAAUCCUUUUGAGACAAACUGA